CUCCAACAUUUCUCCACUAACGGAGACUUUCUUAUCUCUCUCUAGAAACUUUAACCGGUGACCGGUUUAUGGAAUGACAGAUUACCGGCUACAACCAACCAUGAAUCUGUGGACCACCGACGAUAACGCUUCUAUGAUGGAAGCUUUCAUGAGCUCCGCCGACAUGUCAGCCUUAUGGCAAUCAGAAACGGCAACAGCUCCGGCGCCGGCGCCGGCGAUGGAGAUUCCGGCGGGAUUUAGCCAGGAGACUCUCCAGCAACGGCUACAAGCUCUGAUCGAAGGGACGCAGGAAGGCUGGACAUACGCUAUAUUCUGGCAGCCGUCAUACGAUUUCUCCGGCGCCUCCGUUCUCGGCUGGGGUGACGGCUACUACAAAGGAGAAGAAGACAAAGGUAAGACGAAGCAGCGCUCGAGUCCACCGCCGUUUUCGACUCCGGCGGAUCAGGAGUAUCGGAAAAAGGUGUUGCGUGAGCUCAAUUCGUUGAUCUCCGGCGGAGCUGGCCCGUCCGAUGACGCCGUCGAUGAGGAGGUGACGGAUACAUAGUGGUUUUUCUUGGUUUCCAUGACGCAGAGCUUCGCUUGCGGUGCUGGGUUGGCGGGUAGAGCUUUUUCCACGGCUAACCCGGUUUGGGUUUCCGGGUCGGAUCAGUUAUCCGGGUCGGGUUGUGAGCGGGCUAAGCAAGGAGGAGUUUUUGGGAUUCAGACCAUCGCGUGCAUUCCGUCAGCUAACGGAGUUGUUGAACUCGGGUCAACGGAGAAGAUCCGGCAGAGUUCGGAUCUGGUGAAUAAGGUUCGAAUGCUUUUCAACUUGGACGGUGGAGCUGGUCUUAGCUGGAAUCUUGAUCCGGAUCAAGGCGAAAACGACCCGUCUAUGUGGAUUAAUGACCCGAUUGGAGCACCAGAACCGGAUAACGGAGCUCCGAGUUCAAGCUCCCAGCCUUUUUCCAAGCCUAUUCAGUUUGAGAUUGGUGGUAAUUCAAGCACCGUAACAGAAAACCCGAACCCGAUUCCGAAAUUCAAUAACGACAACUCACGGGAACUAAAUUUCUCCACGUCUAGUACUUCUACCUUGGUGAAGAAACCAAGGGCCGGAGAGAUAUUGAGUUUCGGCGAUGAGGGUAAACGGUGCUCCAUAAACCCGGAUCCGACUUCUUAUUCGGGUCAAACUCAAAAGAGAAAGAAGUCACUUGGUUUAACCGACGAUAAAGUUCUAUCAUUCGGGGGAGGAGAAUCCGAUCACUCCGAUCUAGAAGCUUCAGUCGUCAAAGAAGUACCAGAGAAACGUCCAAAGAAACGAGGAAGAAAACCAGCCAACGGUAGAGAAGAGCCGCUAAACCACGUGGAAGCAGAGCGGCAGAGACGCGAGAAACUAAACCAGCGGUUCUACGCGUUACGAGCGGUUGUACCAAACGUCUCAAAGAUGGAUAAAGCCUCUCUGCUCGGAGACGCGAUCGCUUACAUCAACGAGCUCAAGUCCAAGGUGACCAAGACGGAAUCUGAGAAAGCUCAGAUUAAAAACCAGCUCGAGGAGGUGAAGUCGGAGCUCGCCGGAAGAAAAGCGAGUGCUGGAGGAGAUCUAUCAACGUCUUCUUCAGUAACAGCGGUCAAACCGGUGGGUAUGGAGAUCGAAGUGAAGAUUAUCGGUUGGGACGGGAUGAUUAGAGUGGAAUCGAGCAAGAGGAAUCAUCCUGCCGCCAGAUUGAUGUCCGCGUUGAUGGAUCUUGAGCUUGAGGUGAAUCACGCGAGCAUGUCUGUGGUUAACGAUCUGAUGAUUCAGCAAGCGACGGUGAAGAUGGGGUUCAGAAUCUACACGCAGGAACAGCUCCGUGCGAGUUUAAUUUCAAAGAUCGGUUAAAUUAAAAUUGUGUUUCACGUGUCAAAUCAUAAUUAGUUCGUUUUAGUAGGGGUUCCAGUAAUUUUGUAGCUGCAGUUAUAAGUCCAAAAACAGGGCGACAUGUUUCUUUUGCUCUAUUGCUCGAGUCUGUGUCGUUGUUGUAUCUCUAUGUGUGUGUAACGUGUAUAUAUAUGAGUAAUACUAUGUGUUAGUUACUACCAAA